UCACAUUUUCUUCGCUGCACAUGCGGAAGUUUCACAACAAUAACAAAGCGAAGUGGAAGAAACUCAUACCAGUUUGGAGGUUAUAGACCAUAGUUAUUAGCAGGAUGGUAAACCUCGGCCUCACCAAAGUUGAUGAUGCGGUUGCAGCAAAACACCCGGGUUUGCAGCAGUACGCCGCUUGUCAGUCUUACGCCUUUAUGAAAGGCACAGCAAGCUUCAUACUGGGCACAGCUGGUUUAUUUUUUGCACAACGAGCACUUCAGAAAAGAAUCCCAUAUCCCCUUCAGUGGAACCUUCUAGUGUCUAUUGUUUCGUCCUCUGUAUUCAGCUAUUCAGUAACUCGCUGGGAGACCAUGAAGUGCUCAGACUUGUGGUUAUUUCUUGAGACAGGAAAUGUUCCUGACAGAAACUCUCCUAAGGAAGAACCACAAACUCCAGCAACACCUGCAGAUCCCAAAGUCACACAAUAUGGGGAUGUGAUAGAAUGAGCUCAAACCUUUGUUUGUCUAAUAGUCUGAGAGGCCAAUACGAAGACUCUGUAUUAAUUCAUUUCAGGGAAUUGCAUUGAAUUUAGGAGGAUGUUUAACCUUUCUAAACUGAAAGUGUAUUUGGUUCUGGUGUGUCAAUAAAUAAUUCCCAUUACGAAUCA